CUAUACUUGUUUCAGUACUAUUGGAUAUGCUAUAUUGGAUUGACAAUUUUGAUGAUAUGUUAAAUUUAGGCCAACAACUUGUUGACCAUGGUGAUGUUCACUUUAUUGUGUAUGAUUAUUUGUCUGAAAUAACAAUGUCACUGUUGACUGCUGCACGAAAUAAGCAACCGAAUAUGGGAUAUUGUCCAGAUUUUGUUCAUCAAGCUGUUGGUCCUCUUGCUUCCCAAAUCAAAACAAGAGGUAUUCGCGUGGUGAGCAAUGCUGGUGGGGUAAAUCCUCAUGCUUGUGCAAAGGCUCUGUCUGAUGCAGCAAUGAAACAGGGUGUCAGUUUUAAUGUUGCCGUUAUUACUGGUGAUGAUUUAAUGCCACAGAAAUCGGCUGUGAAUGCUGUUGGGGUAACUGACAUUGAAAAUGGAUAUCCUCUUCCUAAUACUGUUCAGAGUAUGAAUGCAUAUCUUGGGGCUGGGCCGAUUGCUCAUGCUCUGGAUGUUGGUGCUGACAUUGUGGUGACAGGUCGUUGUGUUGACAGUGCUCUUGUACUGGGUCCCCUCAUGCAUUCGUUUGGUUGGAAAAAACAACAAAAUUAUCAUUUAUUGGCUGCUGGCAGUCUUGCAGGUCAUCUUGUUGAGUGCGGUGCUCAGAGUACUGGUGGAAUUUUUACUGACUGGGACAUUGUUCCUAACUGGGACAACAUUGGAUUUCCUAUAGUAGAGUGUGAGUCAAAUGGGGAUUUUGUUUUGACAAAACCCAGAGGAACUGGAGGAUUGGUGAAUAGAGGCACUGUAGCUGAGCAGUUAGUUUAUGAGAUUGGUGACCCAUCUGCUUAUCAUCUGCCAGAUGUCUGUUGUGAUUUCUCGAAUGUUACACUUAAUGAAUGUCCAGGGGGCAAUGCUGUGUCAGUGACUGGUGCAAAAGGAUAUCCUCCAACAAAUUUCUUAAAGGUCAGUGCAACUUAUGUGGACGGUUACAAAGCAAUCUCUGUAUUCUCUUUAAAUGGUUUUCGGUCAAUAGAGAAAGGCCACAGAACAGCACAGAGCAUUCUUUCACGGUUUAGUACAAAAUUAGAAGUUGCUCACUUGUUACUAAUUUUGACAAGCUGCUAUAGGGUAAGAAACAUUUUUAAAAAGGUUGGUUUUGAAGACUUCACUCGUGUUCACAUGCAAGCUAUUGGUGCAGAAGAAUGCUACGGUCAAAAUGCUUCAAUGAGUGCAAAGAACAAUCGAGACAUUGUCAUGUGGCUAGGAGUUCAGCAUCUCGAUAGAGAUGCUUUGAAUAUCUUUAGAAGGGAGAUAGCACCUGCGGGAACUGGCAUGGCUCCUGGAUUAUCUGGUUUGGUAGGAGGUCGGCCGCAAGUAUCACCUGUACUGAAGCUCUUUUCAUUUUUAUAUCCAAAAUCAAAGGUGCAAGCACAUGUCAGCUUUUCUGAUGGCAAUGAGGAAUUUGUCCCAGAAGUUUCUGCUGCUUGGACUACAAUUCUACAACUACUGACAAUAUGGGUGAUACGUUAGUGCAGAAAGGAUCUCAUUCUUUCAAACUUUCUGAAUUGGCAUACCUAAGGAGUGGUGACAAAGGAAAUACUGCUAAUAUUGGCGUCAUAGCACGUCACUCUUCCUUUAUUCCUUAUUUGAGAAAGCACUUGACAGCAGAAGUAGUUGAGA